AGUGUAUUACAAAUAUAUAAAAAUUUGCAAAUGUAUUAAAAUUUUACUUUGUACGACACAUUUUACCAGAACAUUUUCAUACACCCCUGAAAGUACCGGCGAAUGGAAUACAUUUUUUAUGCUGAGAAUUUGUUAUUUCUUCGGUUAGGUCAACAAUUCUGAUACUCUAAAUGAUAAGUUUGUUCGAAAUAACUUAUUAAGAUUUCGAUAUUAUUGACAUAUUCGUAAAUCACGCUAUCACUGUUUUGCGAUGCCACGUUGUAUCACACAGACCAAUAGGCUUUCUACUUUUUCGGCACAGCUGUAGUUGUUCCCAGUAGAAAAUAGGUUGUAAUAUGUUACUUUACAACAGGAACAAUGGAUUGUAAAAACUUCUUUAUAUGUUUAACAUUUAUUUUAAGUUUAAAUUAUGUCUGCUGUCAGUACCGAGUAAAAAACACUCAAGGUUCUUCGUUAUCUGAUCGAGUACAACAAUUAACAGAGCUAGCUCUGACAAGACCCGUAAUCAAAUUCAAUGGCGCAAGAUUCAAAGAAUAUGUUAAAACUAUGCCAAGAAAUUAUUCUGUCAUCGUUAUGUUCACUGCAAUGGCACCUCAAAGACAGUGCCAGAUAUGCAGGCAUGCAAACGAUGAAUUCGUCAUAGUAGCAAAUUCAUUCCGAUAUUUACAAGCUCAUUCUAAAAAAUUGUUCUUUGCAUCCGUGGAUUUUGAUGAAGGAUCAGAUGUGUUUCAAAUGAUGCGGUUAAACACUGCACCAGUGUACAUGCACUUUCCACCAAAAGGAAAACCAAAGCCUGCUGAUACCAUGGAUAUUCAAAGAGUUGGAUUUGGAGCAGAAGCAAUUGCAAAGUGGAUAUCCGAACGUACUGAUAUUCAGAUUAGAGUAUUUAGACCUCCUAAUUAUUCUGGCACAGUAGCAAUAAUAAUGUUGCUAAUACUUAUUGGAGGAUUCUUGUACCUUAGGCGUAAUAACUUAGACUUUAUUUAUAAUAAAACAGUGUGGGGACUUGGAGCAUUGUUCUUUACGCUUACAAUGAUUUCUGGUCAAAUGUGGAAUCACAUCAGAGGACCUCCAUUCAUACAUAAAUCUGCCAGUGGGAAUGUAGCUUACAUACAUAGCUCAUCUCAAGGCCAGUUUAUUCUAGAAACGUAUAUUGUUAUGGUGUUGUAUGGAGCAGUGGUUUUAGGUAUGAUUUUAAUGAUCGAAGCAGCAUCACGCAAAGAUGAUGUGAAAAAGAGGCGGAUAUUUGCUAUUAUAGGGGCAGGUUUAGUUGCUAUUUUCUUUAGUCUGUUGUUAUCAAUAUUUAGGAACAAAGCGCAAGGUUACCCAUACAGCUUGCUGUUCAAGUAGACUUGAAAAUCUUUGAAAUUAUUAAUCUUAUAUUUAUCAAUUGUAUAUAGUACAAAAAAAGACUUCUGCUGUCUGUCACAAUUAAAAAUUGUAUUAUAAAAGAGAAAUCUCACUUACUAUCAGAAGUGUUAUAGAGUGACUACAGUUGGCAUUUAUAUAUAAUAUAAAAGAAAUGAAUGUUUAAAAUUCUGUUUUUCAAUGCACGUUACUUGAAAUAUGAAAAAUAUAUAUAUAUGAUACUAUAAUGCAACAUGUUUUUUUUUAAUUCACUUAAAUCGUUAAAAUUAUGUAAAUAAUUUAAUAGGGCAGAGAGAAAUAAAUGAUUGGUUUUUAAUUUAUAUCAGUUUAAUGUAUUUCAAUGCUGAAUACGGUGUAUUAUCAGUUAAAUGCAAAUAAAUGCGCGCACAUCAAAGCAAUAAUGGCAAGAAAACGAUAUCGACUUUGACAUUCAAGCCAUUCUACGAACAAUGUGUCUAAAAGUUUUCAUAGAUGUGAGUGAAACUAGCCGAUAGCAUCUCUUUUCUCUUUUUUUUUUCAAAACAAUAA